UUUAGGCAAGAAUGAAAUUGCUAGUAGCUAUUGCUUUGUUCUUUUUAUCAACUGUUGUGUUGUCGAGCCCAGUACCUAAGCCAGACGAAUCGGCUGGAAUAACUGCAUCGGCAACCGAGAAAGAAGAGGUUCCCAUCGCCAAGGUAGAAGUUAAGGAUUCAAAAAAAGUUGACAAAGAAGAGGCGAAAGAAGAUACGAAACAUUCAAAAUCAGAGGAAGCGUCGAAGGACUCAUCUAAAGAAACAAAGGGAACUGAAGAAUUAAAAUCAGAACAUUUAAAAAAAGAAGCGGAAGACGAAAAGUCGGAGUCGGCAUUAGUGGAAGCAUCCAAAGAGGGCAAAAAAGAAUUGGAAAUAAAGGAAGAUGAAGUGAAGGACACAGAAAAAUCCUCAGAGCCAGGGAAAGAAGAAGUAGAAGGAACCACCGCAGCGUCAACAAAAGACGAAAAGGCUAUCGAUGCAGAAAAGGAAAGCGAAAGGUCCGCAGAAAGAUUAAAAGAAAGUAAAAAGUCUGCCGAAACACCAAAGGAAGGCGAAAAAUCUCCCGAAGCACCAAAGGAAGAUGCAGAGCCUACAGAAGUAGCGAAGGAAAGCGAAAAGUCUUCAGAAGCAUCGAAGGAAAGCGAAAAGUCUACAGAAGUGCCAAAGGAAGAAGAAAAGACUACUAAAGCACUGAAGGAAGAAGGUAAGUCAGAUGAGCGAGUCAAAGAAGAAAAAAAAACAGAUGAAAAGGAGGAAAAGUCAGCCGAAGCUGCAAAAGGAGAACAAAUGGCUGCGACACCAAAAGAAGGCGAUUCACUAGAAGCAACGGAGAAAGCGGAAAAGGCGACGGAGAUAAAAACAUCGGAGGUACCAAAAGAGGAAGUGAAGGAGAGUGAAAAUCCCGAAAAGUCGGAGAAAGUGGAAACACCGGUGGUAAAGUCAAGGUGAAGUUAAUUCGGAAAUAAACGAUGAG